AGGCAUUUCUACAUUGGGCUGUUGAGCAAGUUUCGUCUAACGAAGAAACUGUGAAAGAGAAGAGCCAUUGAAUAGGACAAUUGAAUUCAAGUAUGAUUCCUUAUAACGCUUUGGGGAAGGGUGCUGAGCCGGCAGCGGAGGGAGAACCGAAAAGUGAAGAAAUAAAUGAACGUGACAUCGAUGAAUUGGAAGCUUCGCAGCAGGAUUCUCCAUCCAUUGAAGAAGAGGAUUCCGAUUCUCAAUCGGACGACUCUCCGAAUCGACGUCGAAAAGAGAGAGAAAAAGAGUCGAAUUGUAAGCGUAAAGUUCCAAAUUACGACUAUUUUUUUCGCAAUUCAGAAUACUUUAGGAAAAAAACUAGAGAGGAAAUAAUCAACAGAAUUAGACACCAUGCAAGCCAAAGAUCGACAUUUGUUAAAAGAGAAAAUCAGGCUAAGAAUUCAUUGGAAAAGCAAAUUGAUGACUUAGACAAAGCGAUUCUUGAAGAUUCUAUCCGAAAAGAAGAAUUAGAAAAGAGAUUGGAUCAGAAUAAAACACUCAGAUCAACUUUGAAGAACAUUCAUGAAAACAUGUAAGAGUACAAGGAAAAAAGAUAAUCCUAAUAACUUCAUUAAUAGAUCAAAUUAGUUAUUUGAAGGGGAAAGUAUCGAUAAAAAUAUAUUUUUAAAAAAAUACAAGUUUCUUUCAUUACUUU